AUGGCGGCGCUCGCCUUAGCUUUCUUUAGGCAGUGUGGCGCCCUUUACGGGUGCUGUUCGCUGUGCUUUGUUUGGGGUUCGCGCGCGCCUCCGCGGCUUCGGGCUCGCGGCGCCCACGCGAUCGAGUCUGUUUUCGAUCGGCGCGGCCUUGACACUCUCUUGUCCGUCUCUGGCUGCCUGUCUGCAGAGCGAACCGUGCGGAACCUCGUUCUUUCAAUCUGCGAGUUCCGCCUACAGGCGGCGCCGGCUGCGCCACACCCCACAGAGGAGACAGGGGCCGGCGGCGGCGUGCCCGGCGGGCGCGUGGGCAGUCAGCUGCUCCUUCUCGGCAGCGGCUUGGGCUCCAGCGACCGCGGGGGGACGCAGCUGCUCAUGCAUGGCGGCGCGGACGAAACCCAGUGCUACGACGAUCUUCACGUGAUUGAGCUCGAGCGAGGCUUGUGGCGGGCGGUCAGCGUCGGCGGUUUCUCCAAGCCUAGCGGGGUCUAUGGUCACUCCAUGCGAGUCUGGAAUGACAAAAUCGUCCUCUUUGGCGGCCUCGCGAACCAGAGAGCCCAGGAGCUCGCAAACAUAGACGGGGUCCAGACGUUUCCGCCGCCACCCUUCAUAGGGCCUCAAAGCACAGAGUGGCUGCACAACCCGCAGCCGAGCAACAGUCUCUUCCUGCUUCAGGUCGACGGAUUCGUGUGGACGCAGCCCGACGUCGACGGCGAGGUUCCCACUCCUCGCGCCUUCCACGGCGCCACCAUUUGCAAAGACUUCCUCGUCGUCUUUGGGGGUGCGACCGACGCCAGACUGCGAGAGCCAAGCAACGACUUGUAUCUUCUCGACUUGUUGCGGAGUACGUGGCACUGCCCGUCCUCCUUUUCUGCGAAGAAACGGCGAGCCGGCGAAGGUCUCGAAAUCGAGACAGAAAGUGGUGGCGCCGCGCGUGAGGAGGCGGAAGAUGAAAGCGAGUCUGCGCCUGUAGUCAGAGUGUCAGGCACUCCGCCUUCGCCGCGCCUCGGUCACGCCAUGGUCACUGUGAAGCAGACUGAAAAGAUUCUUCUCUUUGGCGGUGUGGCAGAUGACACGAAUUUGUACUGCCUGGAUUUCGAGGUCUACCGAAGGGCGCGGUCCGGUGCCAGCAGACGCGCAGCCGCAGACGACGAUGACGAAGUUUCUGAACUUUCUCUCGCUUGGUCUUGCAUCGAGACGCACCGGACUGGCCCUGUGAGUCGCGGCUUCUUCACGUUCGCGCAAGUCGGACCGGGGCGGCUCUUCAUCUUCGGCGGUCAGCCGCUGACCAGCGCCGCGCCCGACGCCAGCAGUCCCGCGGACCUCUACGUGCUGAAUCUGAAGACCUACAACUGGCAGAAGCCGCUCUACGAAGGCCAGCUGUCUCUUCGAGCAGAGGCUGCGGCGGUCCUGCAUGACAAGCUUAUUGUCUUCGGAGGGGCGCGGGUCUCGCCCAAGGCGCCCGCUGCCUCCGGCGCCGCGGAGGGCGAGGCGACCGGGCCGGCGCGGAGCGCAAAACCCAGUGCCCUCGGUAACGAGGGCGAAGGGGCGCUGUCGUCGCUGCUCGGCGCGUCCAGCUCCUGCCGCAUCAGCAAGAAGCUGUUUUUUCUGAAUGUCUUGGAGAUUAAAGAAGGCGCCGGAGGCGGGGAAUUUCGCUUCAAACUCGUCACAGUCGGCGACUCGGGCGUCGGGAAGUCCUGUCUUCUCAUGCGCUUCGUGCAGGAUCAGUACUCGGAUUUUCACGUGUCUACGAUUGGAGUCGACUUCAAGUCGGUUGUGACGAUGGUGAAAGGCAAGGUCUGCACGCUGCAGCUUUGGGAUACAGCGGGACAGGAGCGCUUCAGCGGCGUGACAGGCAACUACUACCGAAACGCAGACUGUUUCGUGCUUGUCUUCGAUGCGACGCGACGAAGUACCUUCCUCCAUAUCGACAGCUGGAUCAAACAGAUCAAGGAACACCACGACUGUGGCCUGUCGACGAUCAUGCUUCUGAUUGGAAACAAGGCAGACCUGAGCGGGACUUUGGAGGUCUCUGAGCAAGAAGCUCGCGAGUUCGCAGACGGCAUUGGCGCCAUCUACGUCUCUACUUCGGCCAAGACGUCGGCGAACGUGGAUGCCGCCUUCCUGGCGGCCGCGACGAAGCUCGUGGACAUGCGACGACGCGCAGCUGCCGGGGCUGCCUCCGCGGCGGCUUCUGCGACCUCCGCGGCUCCCGCCGCGGCGAGUCCCUUGCCAGCGCCUGCGCGUCCGGGGUCAGGAAUUUCUCUUUUGCCUAACGCGCUGGGGGGGUCUCCGCUGAGUCAGCGAAGGGCCGGGUGCGCGGGCGCGUGCGCAGGCGGCGGUGGCGGCCUCCUUGAGCAGCUUCGGCAGAGCCCGCCAGUCCAGGCAAAUGGCGAAAACCAAGAAAACCGAGGAGACAGCCUCGCGCCUUCCACGCAGGCCUGA